AUGGCGAACGGUGGGCUGCAGAGAGUGCAGUCUACACUGCAUUAUGUCUACCCGCUUGUAGUGUUUCUAUAUUUUGCCAUUACCUCUACUGUCGCAAUCUGUACGCUGCAAACAGCCGACUCGAUGAAAUCGACCCAUGUACGACGCAGGGUCAUAUACUACCUCCUCCUUUGCUUCGUCAGUACUUUUCUGGCUCAGGUCAUCCUCAAGGCAGUCGAGAUCAUCGUAUGGGGACGAUGGCCAUCCCAGGACACCAUCAUCGGCCUACUUUCUUGCGUCUUGACCUUCGGCAUUGAGCAGAAUAGCCUCGGUAUCGAGUCAGGCAUCGUCUGGUAUCCGUUCUAUGGAUCGUGGAUCAUUGCAUUUGUCUUGGAGCCCGUAAAUGCCGUGUUAUUGUUUAUCGCCGCCCAAAACCCGAUAAAUACAACGCCGAUCAAUUUCGAUAACUCUUCGUUGUUCCUUCACCUUGACGCUUCUAUUGCCGUUGUUCGCUGCGUGCUCGUAUCGAGCGCCCUUUUGGCAUACUUCCUUUGGCGGGAGAGUGAGACUGACAUCGACGAAGACGAAGAACGGGCGCCGCUGAUUCCAAAGCCCGACCAGCGAACAAACGGCACUGACAUUUCAGCGGAUAGCGGCUACGGCACUAAUUCGGAUGCCACAAAUACGGAAGCAACUAACACAGAAACGGCCAAUUCUCCUAGCGAUGUCGAAUCACCAUGGGAACGCCAGCAGCGCAUUUCUCGGGAGAAGAUAGAGAAGCGGCUGAAAAAUGAGGGCAAUUGGAUCUCAUAUGCCAAGGGAUUCUUAAUAUUCUUCCCGUAUAUAUGGCCCGUAAACAAUCGUCGCCUACAGGUUUAUGCUGCUCUCGUGGGACUCUGUUUGUUGGCUGGAAACGUGCUCAAUUUCCUGAUUCCCCGGCAGUACGGCGCCGUUAUGGACUCGCUGAGCGGGGUUUCCGGAGGCAACCCGUGGAUCCAGGUCGCAAUUUUUGCUGGCCUCCGACUGUUGGCUUCUGAAUCUGGUAUUAACCUUUUGAGGCAGAUGUUGUGGUUGCCCAUCGAGUAUUACUCCGAGGAGGCGCUUACAGCUGCAGCCUAUUCUCACAUCAUGAACCUCUCUUCCGAGUUCCACGACUCGAAGAGCUCUUCAGAUCUGAUUGUUGCUAUUUCAAACGGCACAGCUAUUUCGAAUAUGCUGGACUCGAUAUGUUUCCAGGCAUUGCCAAUGCUGAUCGAUUUGGUCAUCGCCUUCACAUACCUGUCUACCAAGUUCGGCCCGUAUGAAGGCUUCAUCACAAUAGCAACUGGUGCUGCAUUUAUCCAGAGUGCCACUUAUAUCAUCGGAAGUUUCCAGGAGAAACGAAAGAUGAUGGUGAGAACGUACUUCGAGGAACAUUAUAUCCGUCAGGCAGGUAUACAGGGUUGGCAGACCGUCAGUGCUUUCAAUCAAGUACCAUACGAAGAGAGACGGUACGGCAUAGCAGUUAACUCUCACGUCUCAGCAUCGAAGGCAUUGUACUCGAGCUAUUUUGUCGGGCAUGCUUUUCAAUAUUUAAUCCUCCUCGCGGGCUUACUAGCCGGUGCCUUUUUGGCCGUGUACCAAAUCACACAUGGUCAGGCAACUGCUGGAGAUUUCGUCAUGCUCUUAACAUACUGGAGUCAGCUCACUGCACCCCUCCGCUUCUUUUCUCAGCUCGGCAAGAACAUCAGUCAGGAUCUGGUGCAUGCCGAGAGUCUUCUUGACGUAAUGACUACGAAGCCGACUGUGGUGGAGAAACCUGAUGCUCGGCCCUUGAAACUGAAAGGUGGUAAAGUCGAAUUCCGGAACGUCAGUUUUAGCUACGACAAGAAGAAGGACAUCUUGAAGUGCGUGAACGUGUCUGUCCCGUCCGGGACCACUGUCGCAUUCGUUGGUGCGACUGGUGCCGGAAAAUCGACAAUCCUCAAGCUCCUUGAUCGAUUCUACGAUGUGACUGGUGGAUCAAUCCAGAUUGAUAGCCAGGAUAUUCGAGACGUCACAAUAUCAAGUUUGCGGCAAUCUAUUGGCAUUGUUCCACAGUCACCCGUCCUUUUUGACGAUACCGUGAUGAACAACAUCCGAUAUGCUCGACUAACAGCGACUGAUGAGGAAGUCUACAGCGCGUGUAAAGCAGCGGCUAUCCAUGAUCAUAUCAUGGGAUUUACUGAAGGUUACUCAACUCGAGUUGGCGAGCGUGGCAUUAAACUAUCCGGCGGCGAGCUCCAGCGUAUUGCGAUUGCACGGGCUAUACUGAAGGAGCCGGAGAUUGUGCUUCUAGAUGAGGCUACUAGUUCUGUUGAUACUGACACGGAACAGAAAAUCCAAGCUGGUCUUGGCGCCCUUUGCCAAGGUCGUACAACGUUUAUCGUCGCACAUCGUCUCUCAACGGUUAUGAAUGCCGACACCAUCUUCGUCGUCGCGAAUGGAGAGAUUGCAGAACAAGGCAACCACGAAGUCUUGAUCGCCAAGAAGGGCAAGUAUGCUGAGCUUUGGUCCAAGCAGAUCUUCGUUAAGCCUAAGGAGACAUACGAAAAGCAAAACGAAGAAGCUGUCGACACGGUACCUGCAGCUGCUACACAGACGGACGGGUCCGCCGAUCAGCACACAAAUGGUACCAAAAGCUCGACCGGUACGCAAGCCAAGCGAUCCACACCGAAAGUGGCAUCUAUUUCGACUGGUAAUGCCAAUGGACAGGUUGUAAAUACUCCAAAUGGGCAUAAAAAAGAGGGUUCAAAGUUGAAUCCUGGAGCUCCGGAGUUCACACCUCGUUCCGCGGCCGCACCAAGACCAAUACUUACGUCUCCUAUACGUAAUAGCUGGGCUGAAGAUGUCGAAGAAGAAGGUUGUUGUCGCGAUAUACCUCCUGGAACGGAUAUAGAGACCGCCUCUAUAUCUACCGCGAUAAGAGCCUUCGAAGCUAGUCCUUUGAGUAAACACGGCGAUGCUGUUUCACCUAUCCUACCGCCUGAGCCUAUUACCCAACCGAAUGUUUUUGAAGCGCCGGAUGCUAAACCUCGUCGCAAUACUCUUCAGUCCAUUUCUUAUCCUGAAGAGGCAGCACUUUCUUUCCCAGAUAGCCCGGCUCGUUCUGUUAGCCAGCCUGUGCCUACACCUCCUGCAGCGAAUUCUUUCAAAGAAGAAGAUAACAAGCCAACCCAGGAUCGGGACGAUCCUACUUCCCCCUCGCCUGAUAUCAAACCUUCACAAGAGCCUACCGAUAAGAGAAGUGGUUCCCGUGGUAGGUAUCGAGGUCGUUACCGUGGAGGGAGAGGUCGAAGACGCAACCCUUCAAGUACUAAAUUAAGCCAAAAGGACAGCACAGGAGCUUCUCAGAAACGUCGUGGCUCCUCGUCUCGUGCAAGAUAG